GUCACCUCCCCGUCGAGCUUGAAUACAAGGCUGCAUGGGCAGUCAAGCUACUGAAUUUUGACAUCAAGCCAGCAACCGAGAGACGCAUGAUCCAGAUUCAUGAACUGGAGGAGAUAAGGCACCUCGCCUAUGAAAGCUCCAAAAUCUACAAAGAGAAAACCAAGGCCUACCAUGACAAGAGGAUCAUUGCCAGACAAUUCGAACCCAACGAUAAGGUCUUGCUUUUCAAUUCGAGGCUGAGAUUGUUCCCAGGGAAGUUGAAGUCUAGAUGGUCCGGGCCUUUCACUGUUAAGGAAGUUCGACCCUACGGAGCAGUUGUGUUAUUAGACAGAAAAGGCGACGAGUUUGUAGCGAAUGGACAGCGCGUCAAGCACUACCUUGCUGACUCCACUAUCGCAGAGGGAGAAGAAAUUCCCCAAAGCGAGCCCCCAUCAGCCUGAUCGAUUGAUCCAAGUCGAGCUAAUGACUUUAAACAAGCGCUUGGUGGGAGGCAACCCACUGGUCAGUACAUACAUUGUCCACAUAGUCUGUUCUUUUCCUUUUCUAAUUUAUUUUGCAGGUAAAAAAAAAAAAUCGGACUCUUCACUCAGAACAACCAACGGACUGUUCUUCUGUUAGAACAACCCAUCGACUGUUCCAGGUAAGUGUUCCGAACAAAAAAAAAAUAAAAAAAAAUCAAGAGGAUAAUUUCGGGAACAGUUAGGGUUUUGCCUAUUUAAGGUUUCACUCUUCACUUUUCCUUUCAGUCCGCCGUACACUGAUCCCCCACUUGCGAUUUUCUCUAAACAAACCACCAAAUCUUUGAUUCUCAACCGUUUUAAGUGGUUUUGCUUCUCAUUCGUUUGGAAUCUCGAGUUCUCUCUGUUUUUGCAGAUCACUUCACCAGUUUCCACAGAUGGCAAGAACUAAGCAAUCCGCCAAGCGAACGAGAGCCACGUGCAGCACGCCACCCCCGCAAGUGCAGCAACAAACGUCCGCCUCCUACCCAUGGCCCCGUGAACAAGAGGGUGAACUGAUUGAUCUCGACAGCCCAUUGCUCCUGGACUUCAAUUGCGAGGGGUGGGAUAAGGGGACAGCAGCGCGUUACAACGCCCUCCUCCGAGUUGACAUGCUACCCACUCGUUUUUGCCACGCGGAAACUUUGGCUGAUCUUGGGAUCGACGAGGAUGUAUUCGAGACGCUGCACGCCAUCGGGAUUGCUCCUCUGUGCUACACAACGCACGAGCUCUACCCAGACCUUGUUCGCCAGAUGCUCGCCACAGCCACGAUCACUUACGAGGAUUCCGACGCACCCUCCUACGCCAACUGCUCGUUCUCUUUCAUGGCAGAUGGAGAGUACUGCUCCUUGUCCCUCGACAAGCUCAAUGAAAUCUAUGAGAUGGCCACUGAACCGAAGGGGGUAGCGGUGGCGAAAAAGUUCUCUCCCUCUAACGCCUUUUGGGACUGCAUUGCAAAUGGGAACUUCACAGCCGGAAAGGUCUACCAGUCGCAGAUUCGGAACCCCGCGCUUCGUGUCAUCGCGAAGAUCAUCUCAAACCUCCUGUUCGCUAAGGAUCUGACCUCGAAGGUCACCAACGGGGAGCUGCAAACCCUGUACACUGGUAUUGAGGAUGAAAUUCGCGCCUCUGGUUCCGGAAUUCCCAUUCAAAAGGUUAAGACGAAUCCCGGUUUCAACUUCAUGACCAUGAUAUGCGAGCGGCGACAGUGCCUUAUGCACGGCUCGAAGAAGAAAGACAGGAGCGGCAGCCUGCUCACACCGCUUUUCAAGCAUUUCGGCAUUGAUCUCACCAAAUACAGCGUCAACAAGGAGGUCCAGUACCUCGACAUUAGGUACCUAAUGGCGUGCCACAUCAUGCGAGAUGAAGAGACCUACAGCUUUUUCGAUAAAGCCGGAACUCAGCUAUUCACCAAACUGCCUCACCCCGAGAUCACCAGGUUCAGCGUGUUUGAGAACAUACGGUUUCUUCCUCCCCCCGAGCUCCUUUGCACUGAUCCACGUGCUGCGGUCCCUGACGAAGACAUGGAUGAUGUUGAGGACAUCACCCCUGAAGCCGACCCAUCGUACGACCUCGGAGAGCUCGCUGAUGUGACCGAUGAUCAAGCUUACAGACGCUGGAUGGUGGACUCGCAGCGAAAAAACAACAGCCUCAUGCGGAGGAUACUCCACCUCGUCACUGGGGGAUGCAUUGGAGGGAGCGCCCAGCGCCAGUCUACGACAGAUCGCCCACCAAGAUCCCACCGACCAGGCAAGGAGCCCAUGGGAACUGGCCCUUCUUCAGAAGAGGUUCAUCGCUCGCGCAACAGGCGAUCCUUUGACCCAGCCGAGAGCGGCGAGUCCGACUGAGUCCGCAAGGACUAUCCUCUAUCCAUUGUUCUAUCCAUCUGAACUUUUUAUUUUUAUUUUUUUAUGUUUUAUGCUGUGUUGCUUUUUGGCUGACCUCAGCUUCAUUUCCACCAGGGAUGGUGUCGAUUAAGUCUGGGGGAAGCACUGUGUGCUGAAACUCUAUUUCUUUGUUUCUUUGUUUUUGAGUCAGUCCUUGCGUCAUUUGGAUGUUUUAUCGAGUCAGUUUAGGAUCGAGUCAGUUAAAACUCUUGUGGGAAUUAGGACCUUGUGAUAUAUUCUUUUAACCACCUCGUGCUCUAACAUUCUUAUCCAGUGACCUUAGCAGUGAUGAAAGAGCCCAUACUUGGACCUGGAACACCCUUUGACUCAUCUCAUUUGACUCUCCAGAAGCUCUCAUCCGAUCAGGUUACACUGGGUAGACUCAACUCCACCCCAACUUGAACCUAAUCUUGACUGAAAUUCUUCUUGUUAUGGGCACUAGAUCAGGGAAACGAGACCAACGCUCAGGGCUUCUUAUUCUUUUAGCUAGUUCCAACCUUCUACCUAAGCCUUUAUUUUCACCCUCAUGCACUCUGUUUUUCAAUAUUAUAUGUGCAGAUAUGUGCAAAAGGGCCGGAGAGGAUAGGAUUGACACAGCCCCUUACUCGUUGACGCCUGACACUCAGAGAGAAGAGCAAGCAGAUUGAGAACAGCCGACAAGAUCAAUCCUUAAAGAACGGAACAGUCGAAGGCGCAUGGAACAAUGGCACCCCGUGAGAAACAGAGGAUAGACCCCCAGCGGCUGCAAAACAUUCGUCCCGAUACCUCUCUCCAUCUCCACUCAAAAAAAAAAAAAAAAAAAACUGAAUGCUUUAAUUUAUUUAUGAUGGAGAGGGUAGAUUCGAGAUGCAUGCUGCUGGAAAAGGGUGAGCAAGAAGUGGGUACAGAUUUUGGAGGAAUAAAAAGAAGUCAAGAGCCGGAGAACAGUGGCACGAUUGAUCCACACUGUAGAACAACCCAAUCCGUGAGGCAGAGAUGAGUAAGGGUUGUGGGCUUCAACAAAUCCGUCCUCUCUUGCUAUUUUGCGCGAUAUCCUGCAUGCACUCAAACACGGUAACCCCUAAACACUCUCAGCUCCACUGUAAAACAGCCUAUUCCUUAUCAACCCGUCUACCCUGAAUAGUGCUUGUAAUGAGAAGCUCACGCUGUUCUUAAAUGAUUCUUAAAGGAGUUUUGUCUCGAUAGUGCAACCUUUUCAGGUAUGAGAUAGAGAGUACGGAGCUGAUCUUCGAACAGCAAUCGUGGGGUGUUCUGGUAAGGGUGUGCAAUCUGAUUCUACAGCUUGUAUGGUUCAGAGAUGUGUGGUAAGAGCAUGGUUAUUCAGAAGAAAGCGAGUUCCCACUCCUUCAAACCUUUCUCCCUGCUCUUGAGGCUUGGUCUUGUUCGAGGACAAACAAGGAUCUAAGUCUGGGGGAAUUGAUAUGUGGUGUUUUUAAUACCAAUACAUGUGCACCUUGAGCUCAUUUUCAGUCCUAAUUCGUGUUUAAUUUACAUCAUUCCAGGUUAGGAACAGGUGAAAGAGUAAAGGAGAAAGUUUCAGGAAGUCAGAUGCUGUUUUGAAGGAUUCAACGUGGAACAGUCAUUUAGAACAACCCAAAGGUUGCUCCCGAAGAGAUCAAGCAUUAGACUGCUCCCGAUCAUUAAGAAAACUUCCUAUUCUGGAGUUUGCCCUAGUUUCGACUUUCUCUUUCUCUUAUUCUCCUAUCACCAGCGCCUCCCUAUAAAAGGGGAGGCUAUCGUUUUCUUAAAGACACACUAGUUUUUACAAGAAACCGAGAUUGCUCUUUUGGAUUUUACGCAACUUGUAAGGGAGAAGGCUCCAUCUCUCAUUCUCACGAGAAGAUUACCCUGAACCCUUUGUCUUUUUACUUAUUUUAUAUGCAGUAUUAUUCAGAAAUCUUGCAUGUGUCAUCCUGCUUUAUGAUUGAGUAGUAGGCUAAGCUUGCUUAGGGUUGUAGGGUGUUAGCCGCAUGAACUGAACACAAAUAAGUGAUCUCAACUAUCUUCAUUCAUAUUGAUCUUACUGCCUGCAUUGAACUGAUCACUUAAUGUUGGAUCUAUGAUUUAAUCCUCUAGCUAACCGUUAGGAAAUAAGUCGACCUAUAUUGAAUGAGCUUAGUAUCCCUAAUCAGCGAGAGUAGAUAUUAGGGUAUUAAGUGAACUAAUCAGAUCUCGCAUCUAAAGCUUGCUUUCGCGUCUUGUUCCAAGCGAGAGCUUAGGAUUCAAGGCCGGCACGCAUAGGGAAUAAGAUCACGAUAGUGAGUUGUUCCAGCUGAGUGAUCUGAGUUCUAGACCGCAUUUCAUCGCACUUGAAUAGUUGUUCAGUUCUGCAAUUAACAUCCGAUCAUUGACCCUAAGCCAGCUUCAUUUAAAUUGAAUUCAAAUUACCUAGGCAUUCUUGUUACUUUUGUCACAAUUAAUUCUCAAAACCCACUUGUUUCUCAGCUUGACAUUGAACUCAUAAGAGUAAAGAGUAAACUGGUCCUCUGGAUUGAAUCUCAAAUAUUACAAUUACCACUGUUAACUUGACAGUAGCAAGGAUUCAUU